AUUGGGAACUUGGCUCAUCGACUGCUGACCGGGCAGGAGCAACGCAGCCAAAAAGCUGAUUUGUAACCCCAUUGCCCGGCAUUAGAGCGUCAGCGUCGGCUAGUAUGACAGCAACCAUCUGUGGUAGACGUCCAUGAGGUCCGAUUCUCAGUGCCUUGUUCCAGCGACACAACCGAUCCGCUUCCAGUGGCUACAAUGUGAAGCCCCUCCAGACGCAGAUUAUGGAGUCUGCAGCGUGGGAUGUACUUGUAAAAAGUGUUCCGUUUCUAGGUACAACAAAAUCCGGCGGUGCGCAACUGUAAACAAGAGUAAAUACUUCCAGCAUCGCAGCAUCACGGCAUCAGAGCAUCGUACUGUGGCGUAUCAUCCAUGUACCCCAGACCUUGGGGCCAUAUUGGGGUCUGCCAGGAACAGGGCAUUGUACAGCAAAGGACAUUGCAAAGGAAGGAAGGAGUAUUCGCAGGACGAAGAGAGGGAUGCGUCAUAGAUAUACAGCAACCUAGCACGUUCCCCAGCUUUCUCAUCUAUAAAUGUGGGUACUAUACGAGGCCUGGCCAUAAGUAUCGUUAUAUGCAUGCCCGUUGCUGUCACUG